AGCAACUUGCAGCUCAGAUCCCUCCGCCUCGCUUGGUUUCUCGGUGGCCAUGUCCAGCCUUGAGAAGCGCCUCUCCGCCGCAGCCGAUGACUCCAUCAACCAGCUGGGGGAGUCCUUCAAGGGCAGCUCCAUGCGGGUGGCCAAGCCCAAGACCUCCCCAGGCUGCUUCUCCGCAAUUUGCGGGGGCACUCCCAUCAAGGAGCGCGAGGUGGACGUGAUCCUCAUCGGGGCCGGCAUCAUGAGCGCCACCGUUGGCUUGAUGCUCAAGGAGCUGGAGCCGCAGUGGGCCAUGAUGAUGUUCGAGCGCCUGGGCGCCCCCGGCGAGGAGAGCUCCAACGGCUUCAACAACGCAGGCACCGGCCACGCUGGCUUCAUGGAGCCCAACUACACCAAGGAGGUGAAGAACGCGGACGGCAGUCUGAAGACGGUGACCACGGACAAGGUUGAGCACGUCUGCGAGCAGUUCCUUUCUAGCCGGCAGUACUGGGAAUACCUCACCAAGACGGGCAAGCUGCCUGCGCCUGAAGCGUGGAUCCACCAGACCAACCACAUCGCCCUUGGCGUGGGCAAGGACCAGGUGGAGUUUAUCAAGAAGCGCUACGAAGCCAUGAAGGCCCAUCCGCUCUUCCACACCAUGGAAAUUUGCCUACCAGAGGAGACGGAGAAAGCCAAGCAGUGGGCUCCGCUCAUCGUCGCAGGCCGCGACCCCAAGGAGCCCAUCUGCAUGACCAGGGUGCCUCAUGGAACGGACGUGGACUACGGAGAGCUGACCAAGUCUAAGAUCACCGCCUUCCAACAUCUCGGGGGUGACUUGCGGCUGCACACGGAGGUGAAGGACUUGAAGAAGAACAACGACGGCAAGUGGGUGGUCACCACCAAGGUGAACGGUGCUGGCUCAGGAUGGGCCAGGAACAAGGCGAAGUUCGUCUUUGUGGGCGCGGGAGGCUGGGCGCUGCUGAUGCUGCAGAAGGCCGGCAUCCCCGAGGUGAACGGCUACAUGGCGCUGCCCGUGACCGGGGACUGGGCCAUCUGCCAGAACCCGGAGGUGGUACACCAGCACCGCGUCAAGGUCUACGCCCCCGGUGCCCCCGGGGCGCCGCCCAUGUCGAUGCCUCACCUGGACUACCGCACCAUCGGCGGCAAGGAGGUGCUACUCUUUGGGCCCUUCGGAUCCAUGACCAUGAAGUUCCUGAGGUACGGAUCCGUGACGGAUGCCUUCAAGGCUCUGAAGCCUCACAACAUUUUGCCCACCAUGGGCGCCCUGUCCCGCAACAUGAGCCUUGCGGUGAUGCUCAUGAAGGACGUCUUCAAGAGCUCUAUGGGCAAGCUGCACGACAUCAGGCACUACUACCCAGAGGCGGACCCUGACGACUGGGUCUUCAUCCCCGCCGGCGUGCGCGCACAGAUCAUCAAGAAGGACCCGAAGACUGGCAAGGGCAUGCUGCAGUUCGGCACCGAGGUGGUCACCGGCGCCAACGGCAGCAUCUGCGGCCUGCUGGGCGCCUCGCCGGGCGCCUCCACCUGCGUCUCCAUCGCCCUGGCGGUGAUCGAGAAGUGCUUCGGGGACAAGCCGGACUUCAAGACCAAGUGGGCGCCGAAGCUCAAGGUGAUGAUCCCCAGCUGGUCUCCGGAUGUCGCUGCCGGCGACAUGAAGAAGGUGACACCGGACAUUGUGAACGGCAUCUACAAGUCCACCGGGGACGCUCUGCACGUCUCUCCCAAGUAAACCCAGGCCUCGCGGUCCGGCUGCUUGAGUGUGAAGGGAGAGGGAGGGAUGGCGUGAGCACUUGGCAGACAAAUAGUCUCAAGAGUCGCAAGCCC